UGUUCCAAACAGUAGAUGUAAUUAGCAAACUGCCUCUUCAGAAUUAAAUCCUGUGCGAAUGAAUUAACAACAGCAGCCAGAGAUGCACAAAGACAAAUAGAAAGGUGCCUUAUCAAACUAAUUCAAGCCUCACAGGAAGAUAUUAGGACACAUGACCAAAAGCUUAAACAAAGAGAUAGCCCAUUAAGAUUCCUCAAGUGGCCAGUGAGACACAUGGUGAUGUCAACAUGAAAACCAACACAACAAGCUUGGACAAUGAGACCCUGGAGAUGCUGACCAGCAAUGCGAUCGGAAUCGCCCUUCCCGCCAUUUACUUAGCAGUCAUCCUCAUCAGUCUGCCUGGCAAUGGCAUCUCCCUCUGGCUGCUUUGCUUCCACACACGGCCAAAGACUCCUUUAGUCAUCUUCAUGAUCAACCUGACCAUCACAGACAUCUUGCUUGCCUUUUUUCUCCCCUUUCAGAUUGCAUAUCACUUGAACCACUGUGACUGGGUCUUUGGCAAGAAUCUCUGUACAUUCCUUACCACCUUGUUUUAUGCCAACAUGUAUUGCUCCAUUUUGACAAUGACUUGCAUCAGCAUUGAGCGCUAUGUUGGGGUGGCAUACCCAAUUUGGUACUCGAAAGGGCGGAAAAGAUGGCAUGCUAUGAUUAUCUGUUUUGGGAUAUGGACGAUUUUAAUAAUUGUUUUAUUACCCUUGGAAUACAGUGAUUUAACGUUUGAAGUUAAGCAGCUCAACAUAACGACUUGCUUUGAUGUUCUUAAAAGAGACAUGCUUCCCAACAUGAAAACAUGGGGAUUGUUCCUCUUCACCCUAUUUGUGCUCCUCUUCCUGAUCCCAUUUACUAUUACUGUCAUAUGUUACACGCUAGUAAUACUAAAGCUGUCCCAAGCUUCUCAGACGGCACACAGUGAGCGCAAAAGAAGAGCUGUUUAUUUAGCCGCUAUCGUGCUCUUGGUUUUUGUUACAUGCUUUGCACCCAACAACAUCAUUCUCUUAAUUCACAUUAUACGAAGAAUUCGGUACAACACAGGGUGCUACACAGCAUACAAGUUGACCUUGUCACUAAGCUGUUUGAACAGUUGUCUCAACCCAUUUGUUUUUUGUUUCGCUUCAACAGAAUUCCAAAAACUUUUUCACCGUUUUAUAGGUCAGAGGCAGUCAUAUGGUCAAAGGAGCCCAACAGAGAUUCAGACAAAAUCGGUCUCCUUUCGGAGUUAGUAAAAAGAUUGGCGAUAUACGCGGCCAAAUCCAACAUUCAGGAAAACCCUCCCCAAAAAAACCAAAGAUCUCCCUGAUGACCUAUAGGUCAAACCCACCUGUAAUGGCAUGGGGCAUGAAGACUAGGUCAAUAUUCAAUUGGUUCAUCUCGAUUGAGAUGUUCUAUCCAUUGUACUAUAACUGUAUUCAGCUUCAAGGAUAAAGGAGGGAAAGAUUAGGUAGGAUUUUUAUUCCUGGCUCUUUGUUCAACGGCAUCUCUCAGAGAGCUCCCCACCACCCCCUACUGUGUGGAUAGGACUAAAUUUGGACCUGGACUCCAUAAAGAAUAAUCUACCAACGUUUACUAUCCAAGUUCAUACAUGUAGAAUGGAUACUUGGGCGAAGAAUAGGCUCACAUGUUCUAAACAUUAGUAAAGCACCAGAAAGAAACUAACAUUAACUUAUUUUAUUGGCUAGUGCAGGUAUUAACUUGGCUAGUUUAGUACCUCUGAUUCUGAAGGCUUUGUCCCAUUCUAGGGUGUGAGUACAUCAUCAAGGAGAGCUGUACCAUCA